GACCAGAAGGAGAUUCUGAACUAUGUUUUCUGUAAAUGUAUUGAAUAAAGAAAAUGGACGAAAUUAAUGUAUCUUAAUAAAUUGUUAUACAAUUGUUAAUUAAACUGAUAAGAAUUUAAUUCGGUUUAAAUUUUAUAAAAUGAGUGUUAUCAAAAAAUUAUUGAAAUAUACAUUUCAAAUAAACGAAGAAUACAUUGUUUAAGAUGUUUUGAUAGUACUGUUACGUAGUAUAUUAUUAAAUUUUUCUGUAAAACGAGCCGAAACAAAUAAUUUAAAGUUUUUAAAGACAUACUAUGGGACUACAUUAAAUUACAUUAUCAACUAUUCUCAUGGAUUCUCUUAAUUUAUCUCGCUAUGCUAACAUUACAAUCCAAAGGGUUGAGCCACCUGAAGAAAAACUACCAAUUAAGACUAAUGGAAAUGAGUAUAGUAAAGAUUUUUCUGACAAGGAAGAUAUUGGUGAAACGAAAGAUUUGAACAAAAUUCUUGAAAAGCCUGUACUAUCAAGUGAACCUAGUUCCUCACAAGAUAUACAGCUGUCUAGUAUUAAAUCAGGUAUGGAUGCAGAACCACAUAUAACUUAUGAUGAUAUAAACACAAAUGAAGCCUCAAAGAUUGUUGAUGAUAUGAAAUUGGAACCAGAAAGUCCUAUUCAUGAGUCUUAUAAUGAUGAAGUAAGUGAAGAUCACACUCAUGAAGAAUUAGAAUCAAACUCUAAGAGAAAAUCUGAUAAAGAAAGGGAUGAAAAUGUAGUUUUAAAGAAAGUGAAAAUGACUGAAGAAAAAAGUAGUGAUGAAGAUCCUGAAAAUCAGAUGACCUCUGAAAAACGGCUAACUAAUUUACGAAGAAAUAUUCGUGAGGUUAUGGAUGAAACUAAAUUAGAUGAAGCAACUUUGGCUGCUCAAAGACAAGAAAUGGAGAGGUUAAGACGUGUUCAAGAACAACAACGUCUAAUUAGAGAAGUUCAAAAACAAAUUGCAAUAAAUAAACAAAGUUCAAAAACUCAAGAUCGAGUGAAAACACUUCUUCAAGGCGGCACUACAUCUCUAAUUAAAAAACCUGUUAUACCUACUGAAUCAAAUACAAUAGUAAUUUCUACUGAUUCUGGGUCAUCACAAGAUUUUAAUAAGAAAAUGUUAGAGUAUAUAAAAAAUCAACCUGAAGUAAUAGAUAACUGCAAUGAACCUGAUAAACUAACAUCAAUUGCUUCUAAACUGUUGGAAGCUAGUGAACCUCAUAUGGUUACAUCAUCUGUUUCAAUUGCUCCAGUUAAACCAAUGAAAGUAGCUGAAAUAGUCACUAUAAGUAGUGAAAGUGAAGUAGAUGAACCUAAACAACCUCAAAGUUCAGAUGAUGAUUGUAUAUUGAUUUCUGGAGAUGAAGAAGAAGAAGAAGUACCAGAUGAUGAUGCAAAUAAUAGUGGUAUGCACACUAAUGAUGCUUACAACCAACCAGAUGAUUUAGGACGAGUUUUAAUCAAUGUUGGACAUCCUGAAAAUGAACCAGAUGUAUUUUUAGCUCCUCAAAUAGCGCGAAUUAUUAAACCUCAUCAAAUUGGAGGUGUAAGAUUCAUGUAUGAUAAUGUGGUUGAAUCCCUUGAAAGAUUUAAAACAUCAAGUGGUUUUGGAUGUAUUCUUGCACAUUCAAUGGGGCUAGGAAAAACACUUCAGGUUGUUUCAUUUUGUGAUGUUUUUUUAAGACAUACUCCAGCAAAGCAUGUUUUAUGUAUAAUGCCUAUUAAUACAUUACAAAAUUGGUUAGCUGAAUUUAACAUGUGGUUGCCCGAAGAAACUAAUAAUCAAACAUCUGAAAAUACAAUUAAGAAUGAAGAUAUAAUUUAUAGACAAUUUUCUCUUUUUGUACUAAAUGAUUUUCAUAAAACAAUAUCAGCCAGAGGCAAAGUUAUUCAAAAUUGGCGAAAUGAAGGUGGUGUUUUACUCAUGGGAUAUGAACUUUAUAGACAAUUAACUACUCGAAAAACUAGAAAAAAACGAAAUAAAAAACAAAUUGAUGAAGAUCUAUGUGAUGAAAAACAUAAACCUCUAUUAGAUGAAAUAAAGGAGGCAUUAGUAAAACCUGGCCCAGAUUUAAUUAUAUGUGAUGAAGGACAUCGUAUAAAGAAUAGUCAUGCAUCCACUUCACAAUCUCUUAAAGAAAUAGAAAGUCGUCGGCGAAUUGUUUUAACUGGAUAUCCAUUACAAAAUAACUUACUUGAAUAUUGGUGCAUGGUAGAUUUUGUUCGUCCUAAUUAUUUAGGAUCAAAAACUGAGUUUAGCAAUAUGUUUGAAAGACCAAUACAAAAUGGUCAAUGUAUUGACAGUACACCUCAAGAUAUAAGAUUAAUGAGGUAUAGAGCACAUGUGUUGCAUUCUCUUCUUGAAGGGUUUGUUCAAAGAAGAAGUCAUUCCGUGCUUGAAAAAUCAUUACCUCAAAAAGAGGAGUAUGUUUUGCUUGUACGUUUGACUCCAUUACAGCGUCUAUUAUAUGAUCGUUUUAUGAAUGAAGUUGUAAGAAAAAAGGCUGUUCCUAAUCCUUUAAAGGCUUUUGCUGUGUGCUGCAAAAUUUGGAAUCAUCCUGAUAUUCUUUAUUUUUUUUUAAAAAAACGAUCAUUAGAUGAAGCUGAAAUUGAUUUAGAUCUUGAAGAAGCUGGUACACCCUUAGGAACUCCUCUAGGAGUUACUCCAACAACAUCACCAUCUGCUUUAAAAAGAUCUCGAAAUCGUUCUAAAGGUGGUGGAGUAAAUUCUAAUUCUAAAGAUUUAAAUGUUAAUCGCAAGAAUACAAACAAAGAUGUAUCAAGGAUGCCAGCUGUUGCUACAGUAAUGCCAAAUACUAGCAACAAUCAAAUAUCUCCUACUCAAAAUCGAAAUUCUUUAAUUACAAUUCAUUCAUUACAAAAUAAUCAAGAUGAUGAUUAUUCUCAAAAUGAUUACAGAACAUCAAGAAAUAUUCAAAAUCAACAGUAUCAAAAAUAUAAUCAUAAUAAUUUUUGGAAAGAUAAAGGAGAUUUUUAUCAAGAUAAUUAUCAUCAAAGACAUAAUACUGAAAAAAACCCUCAAUUACAUUAUUCUCAAGAUCCUACAAUAGAAGAAAGAGAAAUUAGAUUAGAUAAUAAUGAUUGUAACCAUUAUAACUUUGUUGAAAAUAAUUUUAGAAAAUCUAAUGAUUUUUAUCAUAAUGUAAUUAAUCAAAACUCUGAUCAAAUUAAUCAAACCGAGUCAUCUUUAAAAAAUCAAGGAUUUUCGAAAGAUAGUUUUAAUUCUAAUCAAGAUAAAUUCAUAAAUACUAGCACAAAUCAUGGAACUCCAUCUAAUUUAACUCCAAACUUUUCUGGAUUACAAUCAAAUAUUAUAUCUAUAUCUAAUCAAAUAUCAGAAACAAAAAAUAGAUACAUUGACAAUCAUGUAUUAUCUAGCAAUAAAAGUGGUAAAACAAACCAAGUAAUAUCCAACUCCAUUAGUCAUGCAGAUACUAACUGUAGAGAUAAUGUAAAUAAGUCUGUUAAUCUUCAGGUAUUUCAUGGUGUUAAAGAUAUAGCAUUUGGUCAAGAAUUUAAUGAUGAAGAAAAUCAAUCUAAUAGUAAUGCUUUAUUUGUAAAUCAACAAAAUAAUUCUUAUAAUAAUGAUGGAUUUUUUUCUGAUUCUAUAAAAAAUAAUAAUCAUAACUUAAAAUUUAAAAAUAUAUUUAAUCCAUCAAAUACAAUUAAAGAAGAGAUAUAUGAAAAUUCAAGUUUGAUUAAACAUGUCGAUGGUGAUAAUUCUAACUUAUCUAUUAAUUUUAAUGAGUUGUUUGAUAAUAAUCAAGUAUUGAUAAAUCAUCAAGAAAUAAAUAGAAAAAAUCAGUGUCAUGAAAAAAACUCUAUUCAAACAAAUAUGUCUAUUCAAGAAGUAGAUAACUGCAGCCAAAGUUUAAUAAAUACACUAAGUCAAUCACCAAAUCAUUCUUGUAUUGAUACUUCUGGAAUGGUAGAUAACAACUCAAUACUAGAUAAUCAUAAAUUGUCUAUGCAUGAUCUUAAUAACCAAAAAAAAAUAUCAGCUAAUAGUCAAAACCAAAAUCACGCUAUAUCACAUUCUCAUAAUGAAAAUAUUACUUUCGAACAAAAAUUUAUAAGUGAACAACAACAACACAAUAAACAAAAUAUAUAUCAAAACUCAGAAAAUCAAAAUUAUUUGACUGUUAAUGAAACAUUUAUGAGUUCAUCAAAUUCAAAUCUCAGUUACAACAAUUACAAUGUCAUUGAAAAUAAUCAAAAUACACCAAAUAUAAACCACAAUUACGGAAGUUUAUUGUCAGAUCAACAAUUUCAAAAUCAAAAUUUAUUAAACGAUCAAAUGUUACAAGAUCAAGAAAUCUUAUUAGCUAAUGAUCAGGCUAUGUUAAGUGUUCUUAAUUCUACAACUGACGUUAAUGAACAAGCUUUAUUGUAUAAUGCCAUGGUUGGCCAAUCUGAUGGUCAUAGUAUACUUGGACUUUUAGAUUCUAAUAUGAUGAGUAACCAAAAUAAUAGUUAUGAACAACCUGUUUAUGGUCCACUACCAUCUAAUAUAAAGCCAGGAUUACCAGGUGGUAUGAAAACUGAUCCUGAUAAUCAAUAUUUCAUUGAUCCAAAAAUACAGCAAAGUCUAGGAAGAGGAGUUUCAGUAAUUCCUUUAGCUAAUAAGCAAAAUGAUAAAAAAUCUUUCACAGAUCAUUAUAAUGUUUCAAAAUUACCCGAACCUUAUAAAAGAUUUAAUAGCUAUUCUUCUGUUUAUCCUUAUGCAUCUAGCUCAAAUACCCCCUUAGGAAGCAUAUCUGAUAUAUUGGACAAUAUACCGGUACCAGAAUGUUCAUAUCAACCAACUGAACGGAAGAAUAUAGUCUCUUGUACAAUGACAAGUCAAGAUGUUAGUUCUUUGAAUACCUUUCAUUCGUUGGAGAAUAAAUCAGCUUAUGGCUACAGUGGAGUCAGAUCAAGUCAAGAAAUUUUUCAGCGUAAAGAUGAAAAAUCAGCACAAUUUCCUAUUGAUUCUAAAGAUUUUAAACCUUCUGAUGAUGCUAAAGAAUUAAAAACAUCAACAUUGUUGGACGACGGAGAAAUUAAAAAUCCAUCUUUAAUCAUAAAAAGUGGUAAAGAAGAACCAGGAAUACCUUAUGAUUGGGCUGUUGAACUUUUUAAAGACUAUAUGCCUGGUAUGAUUGAAGCAUCAGCUAAAAUGUCUUUAUUAUUUGCAAUUGUUGAAGAGUCAAUUAAAAUUGGAGAUCGUGUUUUAUUAUUUAGUCAAUCAUUGUUUACUUUAGACUUAAUCGAAGACUUUUUGCAACGAAAUAAAAUUCCUGGAAAAAAUGAGAAUUGGUGUAGAAAUUAUGAUUAUUAUCGUCUUGAUGGUAGCACUUCAGCAUCUGAAAGAGAAAAACUAAUUAAUGAUUUCAAUAAAUGUAAUUCAGUUCAUUUAUUUUUAGUAUCAACUCGUGCUGGGUCAUUAGGUAUUAAUUUAGUUGGGGCAAACAGAGUUAUAGUUUUUGAUGCCUCUUGGAAUCCAUGCCAUGAUACUCAAGCUGUUUGUAGAGUAUAUCGUUAUGGUCAGAAGAAACCUUGUUUUGUGUAUAGACUUGUAACUGAUAAUUGUUUAGAAAAAAAAAUAUAUGAUAGGCAAAUAAAUAAGCAAGUAAUGGCUGAUCGUGUGGUUGAUGAAUGUAAUCCAGAUGCUCAUUUAUCUAUAAAAGAAGUUACUAAUUUAUGUUGGGAUGAUGGGGAGUCAAAACCUUCAAAAGAUUUUUCAUCUCUUAAAGAUAACUAUGAUGAUUUAGUGAUAAAAUAUAUUGUUGAAAAUUUUAGUUCUGUUCUUACUAAGGAGCCAUUUCAACACGAAUCUUUAUUUGUGGACCGAAAAGAUAAAAAACUAUCACAAGCAGAAAAACGUUUAGCCAAACGAAGCUAUGAAAUGGAGAAAAAAGCAAUAAGUAGACCCAUGUAUUCCUAUUAUGGUCAAAAUACUAAUACAACAAUGUAUAGAAAUCAAACAGGCAAACCAAUGGCAAGUGUGCGUCCUAUGCAAUCUAUGUCUAAUACUUCCACUACAUUAGCCAGUAGACAUAAUUUAAACCGAAGGUGGAUCCCAGCUGAAGUAUGGCAAAAACAAGGAAUGAGUGCUCAAGAAAUGACAUUACCAUUAGAUGUAGUUAUUCCUACAAAUGCUGGUGAUCGAGGUUCAAUAGUACUUAAAGCUGGUCAAAAAGUUAUGGUGUUAAAAAGUCCAAAAGGAAUUUAUAUGCAAUUAGAAUCUGGAAAAAUAAUUGCUAUUCGAACAUCAGCAAAUAGUAAACCUAAUAGUCCUUUAUACCCUGGACAAAAUUUUUUACAGCAAACAUCAUUAGUUCAACAAACAUCUAACUCUAAUUUUAUUAGAUCUCAAUCAAUUGAUACAAAUUAUAAUUCAUCUCCAAAAAAUGAUAACUAUAUUCAACAAUUGCGUAAUCGUUCAAAUUUACUUAGAAAUAAUCCUAAUAUAUCUCUAACGCCUAAACAAAUAACACCAACUAACAAACCUUUACAUUUUCCUGCAUAUUCAACCAAUUCUCAUCAAAUUGCUGCAAAUUCUCAAUCUUUACAGCCUAAGAUGCCAUUUGCUUAUCAACAACCAAAAUUACCUUCAGCUAUUACAGUCACUAAAUAUGACCCCUUAAAUAGUAAACCAACUCAAAUAGGAUUAUCAUCUAAAACACCUGAUCCGUAUUAUAAUCCUAGACAACCUUCAGAAUAUUCUAGAUCAUUUGAUAAGUAUCAAUAUAGUAAUAUAAGUGAGCUACCUAGUAGACUUCCUUUACCUCAAUUUUCAAAUAAUAUCUAUUCCUCACAAAAUACCUCCACUCUUCAAUCACAGUACCAUCAUCCAUCUCAAUAAAAUAAGACAAAGAAAACUAAACAUAUUAAUUUAUAAACAAAAACAUACAUUGAACAUUUUAAAAUUAUUUUUCAUUUUUGUAUAUUUACUGCAUUUAUAAUGAAAAUCUCUAAAAAAAUUUAUUUUUUCUUAUAUGGAAAAAAUAACUUAAAAUAAAACUUGUCAGUAUUUAAUAAUAACAAUUUUUUAACAUUGACUACUAUCAAGCAUUUAUACUUGCAUGUUCCUGUUUCUCAAUAUUUAUUUAUGUAUUAUUUAUAUAAAAUAAUUUUAGGUAAGUUGAACGUAAUGAUAAUUAUGAAUUAUUAUUAUUAUUCUGUGUGAGUAGUAAUCUAAUAAUUUAUAAUAGACUUAUUAAUAUAUCAAUUAUGUUUAUAUUAUUGUUUAGUUUGUGUUUGUUAACAUUGUUAUAUAUAAUUUUUUUUAAUUGUUUAGUAAA